AAUUUCUCGACGGAGUUUACCGAAGUUCCGUUCGCCGACUGGAACAACUUUUGAGGCCAGCGUGGACCGAGCUCUUUUUGUGGGGCAGAAACGCUCAGCCACGGGAAGGAGGGUGGAAAUAAACUUGGUCUGUGCCUAUCUGACAGAUGAUUUCCCGGCCACCUCUCCGGUGACUAGGUUUAGAGGACGUGCAGUUCUUUAAACAAUGCCGCUAGGUGGGACAGGGUGGCUGACGUCGAGAGGCACUCUUUCCUGCCCUGCACCUGGCAGAACGAACGAGUCCUGAGGCAUCGUCUGCGGCUCCGAAUGGCCGAUUCAUUUCACCUCGCCGAGGGGGUCGGGGGCAGCUGGAUGGGCGCCGAACCCUGCUGUUCGGAGCACUGCACUGUGACUAAAGCACAGGCUGUGCACGAUUGAGAGAUACAGCACUAAGAAGUUGUUUUUAAUCAGGUCGUGCAGAGGAAGGAGGGAGAUUGAGCUGAGCUUGCCUGGUUGAAUAUUUUCUCUUUUUUUUUGCAUAUUAUGUGUGCAUACUUUCGUGGUUCCAUUUCCGGAUGGAAGAGGAGCAGAGACUGCGCGCUCUCUUCCACGCUUGCGAUGUGAACAAUUCCGGGCGCAUCGAGUACGAUGAAUUUUUUACGGUCUGCUUGGAACUACAAGUACGCGAGUCUGAGGUCGGCGCUAUCUUCGACAAGCUCGACUCCAACAGAGACGGCUGCAUCAACUUCCGCGAGUUCGCCAAAGGCUUCCAAGAAGUUUCUGAGAUGAUUAACUUCGAGGCUUUGAGUGCUGUUGAGCCGGACUGGGACGAAUUUCAGCAGAGACUGGGCGAAGAAGCGAAGUUCAUCCCAAGACCCCAGCAAGUUGCUGCUCUUUACCAAAAGCUAAAAACAGCAGAGCCCAGGCUGAUUCGCCAAUACGAGUGUGUGAUCAAGAACUUUAUCCGAGAUGUUAUGUCACAGAAUACAGAACUGGAGAAACUAGCAUAUACUGUGAAAAGGACGCAGGACGAAGCUGCACAACAGCUGAGUGAGCUUGAGGAGGAUAUGGAUCAAAAAAUAAAGAAUGCUGUUCAGGAGUGCCAAAAGGAGGAACAAAGAAAAGCAGAGUUGACUCUUGUUAGUCUACAACAUCAGUAUGAUGCUAAUAUAAAUGAACUUCAGCUAACAGUUACAAAACUGAAAAAGUUAGAAGAACAAUUCAGAUCAGAUGGUUCAAAGGAUGAAAGCAUUGCAUUAAAAAGAAAAAUAAAUGAUUUCACCCUAGAAAAUGAUAAGCUGAGGAAAGAGCUACUUGAAGCACAAACAGAAAUAAUGUUGCUGCAGAGUGAAGUAGACGCUCUGAAAAGUGAUUUUAUGGAUCAAAGUUUGAAUUUAGAAAGGGACCAUGAUGUGGUCAGAGAGUAUACAGAGGAUAGAGACAACCUAACACGACAAAUUGAAAUGCUUCAAUCUGCUAAUCGAAAACUACAUGACAGUAAUGAUGGGCUGCGCUCUGCUCUUGAAAGCAGCUUGAGCAAAUAUAAUAGAUCUCUGCGUGCUACAAGUUCAUCACCAGGAUCUGCUGCAUUAAGGAGUAGCCCAAGACUCAAUGAGUGUCAUUCUUCUCCUAUGUUAUAUGACAGGUCAUCCAGAUCCUCUUACCAAGGUGAAGACUAUGAGUCGCUUGCCGUGUGUGAUCCCAUGCGCAGAGGCAGCUGCGAGGUUGAGAGCUUAUCCGAAAGCUGCUUUGACAGUGGUAUGUCCACCAUGAGGGAUUCAAAUGAUUAUGAUUCAGAGGUGGAGUGCAAGUAUCAAAGAAAUUUUGAAAGGUCGCAGCGCACACAAGAAGCUUUUGACUGUGAUGCCUCUGACACUGAUGUGCCUGAAAUCCACGAUGAAGAAGCUUUCAGUCAGGAUAGUAUGAACACCGUUUUGGAGUGGCAGUCAGCUCAAGCAGUGAACUGGAACAACUCUGGAGCUAAUUCAUUGCAGCGUUGUAGUUCUGCCUUUUCCCCACAGGUGCUUGAAAUCCGAAAUGAAGAAGUUUCCAGUCAGGAUGGUACAAACACAGAUGUAGAAAUGGACGACUCCUACGCAGUGAACCGCAGGAAUUCUGGAGCAUCUUCUGUACGGCGCUGUAUCUCUGCAUUUUCGUCACAACUUGAUAACACAGCUGGGAAUUCUAAGACUCCUCCGUCUAGCAAAGCCUUCAAGAUUGUGCUUGCUGGAGAUGCAGCUGUAGGCAAAUCGAGCUUCCUUCUACGACUCUGCAAAAAUGAGUUUCAUGGGAACACCAGUGCCACCUUGGGAGUUGACUUCCAGAUGAAAACUCUGGUUGUGGAUGGAGAGCAAACAGUACUGCAGUUGUGGGACACUGCAGGCCAAGAAAGAUUUCGAAGUAUUGCCAAGUCUUAUUUCAGACGUGCGGAUGGUGUUUUACUGCUGUAUGAUGUAACCUGUGAGAGAAGUUUCCUCAAUGUACGUGAAUGGGUUGACAUGAUUGAGGGUUCAACCACUGAAACCAUACCCAUUAUGUUGGUGGGGAACAAGGUAGAUCUGAGGAAAGGAGCGAUGCAAGAGGGGCAAAAAUGCAUCCCCACCAGUUACGGGGAGAAACUGGCUAUGACCUACAAUGUGCUAUUCUGUGAAACCAGUGCCAGGGAAGGCGCGAAUAUUAUCGAAGCAGUCCUUCACCUUGCUAGGGAAGUGAGGAAGAAAGGUGACAGAAUGAAAGUGGAUUCUGUGACUAAUUUGUCCAGCAUGCAGUUGAACAAGAAACCAUCUAUGAGAAGCUGUUGCACUGCUUAAAAACUGUGAAGUCAAUAACUGAAGUGCACAAUACUUGGCCUGUUUGUAUUUAUUUUGUAAUCAAGAUACAUUAUUUAGCACUUUUUUGAAGUUUGAAAUAUGAAUGUUAUAAAAAUGAAGUUGAAAUAUGAAGAUUUCAACAAGUGAAGAUGCCAGCUGAAAACAAGAUUAAAUGCAAAUUGGACAUAAAAUGCUUUUAACUAUGUUGAUUCAGCAAGUAAUGGGACUAAUCUGCCUCCAUGGCCAAUGUAUGAGCUAAUAAUAUGGCUGUUUCUAAAUUAAUGAUCUCCAUGAUUGUUUUUAUAUACUGGUCUUAUUUUGAUUUCAUGUUUGAAGAUAUUUUGAAUAAUAUGGCUGCUUUUUAAGGCUAUUUUGGCUCUUGUUACUUCCGUAGACCUAUUUAUUCUGUUGGAAAAUUAAUGCAUACUCAAGCUUUACAAACCAUUUUACAGCACUUAUUGUAAAUAAGUUAUUUUUGUGACAUAGCAUAUUAUGUUUAAGUAUUAAAUGAUGCAUUACAUUACAGUAGUGGUCAUGAAUCUUUAAUAUUUUAGUAUUUGCUUAAAAGGGGACUGAUCAGUUUUCUCUGCAGCAACUUGAUGACGUCCUUUUCCUGGUGUUUUGAGGUUGAUAUGCCAUGUGUACUUUCACCCUCCUGGUGAUUAUGUGACGUAGAAAAGAUGACAGCUAUCUACUUUUGGGAGUGGUAGUGUUACAAUGAAAAUCCAUGGUGGCUUCUGACUCUUACGUUCUCCCUUAAACCCUCACAUUUCUCAUCUUGUGAAAGAUGCAAAUGUAAUUAAUGUCCUCUAAAUUCCACCUCCACCAGGAAUGUACAUUUGUAUUGUCCCUUUAAUGUAAAAAUAUAUUGGGAGGCCAAACUCAGUGAAAGAAUGGGUGAAAAGUAAAGAGGGGGAACACUAAAGGGUAACUAAAACCUUGGUCACAGAGUUAAGAGUAAUCAUGUGAGAGAAGGGAAGUGGUAAAGAUUUUUUUUAUUUGAAGGCAUUAAUUGAAGCAAGGGAGUUGAGAAUCUAAACAGGAGGAAGGGCACUUUAAAUCUGAGACUCUAAGGGAUGGGGAUCCAUUGGGAAUUGCAUGCAGGGUAUUGGCAGUGAGCUGAAGCAGACUGGGUGAAAGGCAGAAGGGCGAUGAAGCAGCCCAAGAGUCUUUGUUUAAAGAUUUGAUUGAGGGAUUAAGUUGCAAAAUAUUUGGGGCACAAAUGGUCUUUCUCUGCUCAAAAAUGUGCUGGUAAUGAAAAUAGACAUUUAUUUGUGAUUGUGAGGAUAUAAUAUUGUGUUUCAGACUGGGAAGGUAAAAGAUCAACUUAUUGACUGAAAUCAAGGAAGUUGUUAUUAGCUCUUUUCAAUAGCUGAGCAAGGAGAGGCAAUAUACUUGAGUUGGAUAGGUUGGGAACCUGGGAUAAUGGAUGAUUGGGUGGGUAUGUUAACACAGACACUGGACAUUUCUAUCUCUGAAAACUGGCAAGAUCUCCACAUAAUCAAAAUAAUCAACUCUUUAAAAAAUGCAAAACUGACUUGGCAUUGUCCUGACUAUAUCACCAUAUAAUUUACUGUUCAGUGUGAAAGUAAGUGUUAUUGGUCCACCCCCUUGGCUUUUCAAUGCCAAGGCUGCAUUUCAAAUAUUUGGACCAUACUGCUAUUUUGGUUGUUCUCUAUAUCCUGAUUAGUUAAAAUGUUGUCCUAAAUGGAUAAAGGGACACAGCCUGACUCUGAAAUGUCUAAGUAAUGCUGUAAUAUUGUAACCUUUUGGGUCUGGCUACUUCCAUACUGUGGUAGUCCAUUGAUUAUAGGGGGGGGGGGAGGGGUUGUGGAAAGUCUAUUUAGACAUUUGGGAAUCGUAUGGUGUGAUACUAAUUAUGCACACUUUGUUGUAAUUGUGUUAUAAUCUUCUGAAGUUAUUUCAGUUGACAUUAUUAAACCAGAAGAUGGACCAUCCAAGGGGCAUUUAAGAAAUACACCUCAAUUCAUGUUAAUGAAAUUUGCACUCAAUAAUUUAUUUACAUGACUUUGUAAGAGUUAGCUACAAUAUUUUGAUGCUUGUGUUGACUCAUGGUUUCCUGUAGCUGCAUAUUUUGACAAUUUACAUAAUAUGCUUAUUUCAGAGAUUCACGAAAGAGUGAUAACUGUUCUCUUUGGUUGUUUGUAAUCCAAUUAGUCUUGAUAAUUAUUUUGCUAGUUAACAGUAAUGUCAAUAACAUGGUCGAUAGCUAUAACUGAUAGUUCCUUAAUAUCAACAGUUUUUCAAAUAUUACAAAAAUCUGUUAAAAUGUAAUCCUAGCCCCUUGGACAUAAUGUUGAAAACAUGGAUGAAGAUUUAAACUUCGUAACAAAUGUUGACAUGAAGGGGCUUGGUUCUAAUCUCUGUAGCCUUUGCAUUGUGAUAUUAUGUGAAAUAGCAGAAGAAAUGGGUGAGCAUAUACUAUGGUGUAUUCAAAAAAUAUCCAGUAUGUUACUACAUAUGAAUGUGAGGAAAUUAUUGAAUCAGUUGUGGUAUUCACAUUUGCUUUGUACAUGAUCUCCAAGGCAUUGUGCAUAAUUAUGGAUUAAUGAGUUUGGGUUGAAGGAGCCCCAAAUAAACAUAAAACAACUAGAAAUUGAAGGAGGGUUUAAGACAUACACAAAGUUCUUCUUCUUCUCAGUAUGAUCAUACCUGAACUGCUCAUUUUCCUUGGCUCCACUUUCCCUUCUCAUCCCUUUUGAUCCUUGUCUUUUCAAGAUCCUUUUCAAUUAUUUUCAAAGAUUCAUGGCUCUUUAAGGAAAGAACUCCCCCUUCUCUCAACCUUGCACUGGUAUCACCUUACUCUAGGACUAACCUGUAGUUCUAGACCUUCCCGUCAGGUAACCUCCACUUUUGUGUUUAAAUAAGAUAACUUUGCAUUCUUAAAUCCACACAGUACAAGGCCAACUAAUUCAAUUGUUUUUCCAUGUGUUUUGAUUCUUCAAACAAAUGUGAUCUUCCCUUUACAUUCAUUUAUGUUUUUCUAUUGAGAUCUCACCAGAUAGGAAAAUCAUGUGGUGUGCCUAUUAUACAGUAAUGUAACAUUGGCAAAUGUUCAGUCUGCUCAGUCAACUUAUUCUGAAAUGUAAAUAAUCCGUGUGCUUGCUGAAUAAAUGGUUUUCUCCUUUGGGUA